UUCGCGUUUCGGUAACCGUUCGGGAAAACGUGUCGCGGGAAUCACUUGUUGUCCGACGUCGAUCGAAUUGCGUGCCGUUCUUUGACGUUCAAAAGGAGUCCGCGUGAACGAAACUGCUGAAAAAAUAAACGCAAGAGGGCCAAUCGUACGACACGAAACGGUUCCGAGUGACGAGACGAGUUUCGGUCAGCCGCGUACGGGGUGAUUCAAAACAAGUACGGAAACUGGUACGGUGCCGUUCGCCGGAUCUAGGAAAACUAGGCACGCAGGAGAGAGUAUUAUAAAAUCGAAUGGUCGAACAGCCGGCGGCGAGCCCGUGUCCUCUUUCUGCCGCUGAAAAAUUAAUAAUUGGCGAUCGCGCUGCUCGCGUUCGUCGCGUGGGGGAAAAAGGGUGCACACACACGUAUAGCCAUCGAAAAACGAGUGACAACCUUCCCCGUUGUAAACACGUACUUAUUCGCGCUGUAUUCGUAAUCGUACGUUUACUUACGAAUUCGGUGCUCGAUAACGGCGAUAAGAUGGUGUGCGAUCGGCCGUGUUCUAUUCGUGUUUGUUGAUCGGCGACGACUGAAACCGCGGUGCAGUUUCUGCUGGUUAAUAUAUCGGGAGAUCGCAGUACUCGCGAGACGUUUUUCAGCGGAUCGUCGACGUGGUUUACAAGAGGAAGUGAUUCAUCUUAGGAGGACUUUGACGAGAAGCGAUUCUCGCUUGGACGUUGUCGUUCGGUGCCCGUUAAAUACAGAGGAGAGGUUAGAAUACUAGACGUUGACUCGACAAUUUUCUGACGGCUACUAGGGAAUUCGACGGCGUCACGUUGCAAGCAGGCAAGCCGAACAGCGAGUUGAACAGCUGAUGCUUCAUCGACACCGGCGAAAUGUCAAAGUCCAAGCAAAUCACUCUGCGUGUGCAGUCUUCAGAGGGAACAAAACGUAUAGAUAUAGAUCCAUCUAGUACAGUUUCCAGAUUGUUUGAAAAUAUUUUCCUGGCAUUCGAAUUAAAAAGUUUUGGCUUCGGACUUUACAGGGAACGAAAUCAUAAAAAUGAAAUUAUAUCUUCUUUAAAUAGAACAGUGUCUGGAAUAGGACUUACCCAUGGAGAAAUGUUAUACAUGGUUCCCUAUAAUGGUACACAGAUAUGGAACAUUCCAUCUACGAGUAGUGCCUGUGAUGAUCCACCUCAAGAAAUAGGACCAAUAGAGGUGACUGCACCUAAAAAUCGAAACAUCAAUGCUUCCAAAUCUGUAACAAAUGUAGUUGAAGAUGAAGUUGAUGAACAACUAUGGAAAGUUGAUGGUAAAAUACAGAGAAAACGGGAUGAAAAGCUAUGCAGACACGGUGGAAAUGGAUGUUGUGUUAAUUGUUCUCCUUUAGAACCUUUUGAUGAGUCUUACCUCAAAGAACAAAAUAUAAAACAUCUGUCUUUCCAUUCAUAUCUCAGAAAACUCACUGCCGGCGUUGAUAGGGGGAAGUUUAUACAAUUAGACGAUAUAAGCUGCCGUGUAAAGACUGGCUGCAAAGACCAUCCUCCUUGGCCACGAGGUAUUUGUAGUAAAUGUCAGCCGAAUUCGAUCACGCUGAACCGUCAAACGUAUCGGCACGUCGACAACGUUAUGUUUGAAAAUCCAACGUUGGUUGAACGCUUUCUCAAUUACUGGCGCGACACCGGUCACCAACGUAUUGGCUAUCUGUAUGGAAGAUACGAACAUCAUACAGAUGUACCAUUAGGAAUUAGGGCCGUUGUAGCGGCCAUUUAUGAGCCACCGCAAGAGAGUGCAGAAGACUCUAUACGACUUUUACCAGACGAAAAGGCGGCGCUGGUGGAUGAGUUGGCUCAAUUACUUAAUUUAAAAAAAGUUGGGUGGAUCUUUACGGAUUUGAUAGCUGACAAUGUCAAGAAAGGAACGGUAAAACACGUUCGAAACGUAGAAAGUCAUUUUUUGUCUGCUCAAGAGUGCAUUAUGGCUGGACACUUCCAAAAUCAGUAUCCGAAUCCUUGUCGUUUCUCACCGAACAAUUAUUUUGGCUCAAAGUUCGUUACCGUUUGCGUUACCGGAGACGAUAAAAAUCAAGUUCACAUGGAAGGUUAUCAAGUGUCGAACCAAUGCAUGGCGUUAGUACGGGAUGGCUGUUUAGUUCCUACGAAAGACGCACCAGAAUUGGGCUAUGUAAUUGAAUCCACUGACAAACAGUAUGUCCCGGAUGUCUUCUACAAGGAGAAAGACUCGUAUGGAAAUGAAGUCUCAAGGCUAGGAAGACCUCUGCCCGUAGAGUAUUUAUUGGUAGACAUACCUGCAUCGACACCACUCACUCCACAAUACACUUUUCAUGUUAAUGACAACAUCACUCCAUUCCCUAUCGAGAAUAGGCUCGUCGAUGGACAAGUUCAAGAUUUCCAUUUACUUGGAUCAUAUAUGCAACAAUUUACUCAAGAUCAAUUUUUAGAAGCAACUUCGGACUUUCACUUGUUACUUUUCCUUGCAACCAUGGACAUAUUCCCGAUAAAGGAUCAUAUGAUGCCACUGUUAGAAGCGAUUCGUGAUAAAGACAGAGAGAAAGCAGUUAAAUGGGCAUGUUCAGACCAUUGGGCAACAGUGAAAGAACUUUUCUCGACUGUGAUGCCGACGGCAAAUCCAACUCAAACACCGUUUAAUAGUAGCUCAAGAAUGUCGUCUUCGUCGUCUGUGGGUACAAGUGGAAUUAGAGAUGGUAUAGAUCCACCUGCAAAUCCAGUUCCAGAUGAAACACUUUGGACUUGUUCUUACUGCACUUAUCUCAAUGAUGUAGAACGUGCAAUGUGCGAAAUGUGUGGUUUGCCAAGGUAUACGUAACAAAUUGUCAAUACGAUAUUGCUUCUGUAUGCAUUUAAGGGUGUUAUCCAUAAGUUGCUACUUUAAUUCUGCAGGAUUUGACGCAUACUCUGUCCUUGCGGAUGUAACAAUUGUUUUCUACGUAUCUUUGGCCUUAUUUAUGAGUGAAUAAAAGAACAAAAAAGUAUUUUUCACUGAAGUGUAUUCUCCAAUUUUCCUCUGUAUUACAAUCCUCUUAUAUGCAAUCAUUUAUGACUCAUGUAGAAAUGCAAAAUAUAACAGUUGAUCAUCCUCAAAAUAAAUUAUAAGAAUAUUGUAAAUUAUAACACCUAUAGAAAUGGUAAUGUCAAUCUUUUAGAAUAAGGUAUUCACUAUAAGAUACUUGUAGCAAUCGAAGAAUCGUAGUUUUUAAGUUAUCAUAAGCCUUAUACUCUGAGAAUAAUAAAUAAAAUGUAAAAAAUGAAA